UGUGUGUGUGUUUGUGCGCGCUUGAAGAAAACUUGCACUAUUUUGGUAAACAACCACAGACUUGGUUGCUGUUUUUUUUUAAUGUGACAAGCAAGACAGAUAACUCAUGCUAAGUUAAUAAAGGAACACAAUUUCAGUGGAAUGAUAUGGACAGCAGUACAAAAUAAAAUGGGUAUCUGUCAGCCUCGGCUCAACACUUUGUCCGGGACUUCUCUUCGUGUCACUAUAACGCGAUUCACUAGUCUCUUCGACUGCGACCUCAAGUGUGCUUACUAUAAUAGCCAAUCGAAAGUAUCAGCAGGGUUUGACUGUUUUAAUUGUGCUCAUUUAGUGUCACAUAAAGACUAUGUCAAACUAAGUGCUCUGGGAUACGUCUGUUAUACAUUUUGAAAUAUUCAACGAGUGUCGCUAAUACAGUCCAGUUUUUGCACCAUUCGACUCUUCGCUUAAUGGAUAGAAAUCACCCACUUCGAGACGACUUGACUUAGCUAUUCUGGAGAGGGUCUAAACUUUAAGCCAUCCUAAAUUUUCUAACGCUGCUUGCUGACAAGUCAACAGACUAGUUUUCCCUGUGCUGUCAUCACCACGUAACUAACGAAGUCACAACUAAGCAUGUCUUGGGGAGGAAUGUCGUGUACUGCAUUGUUCGUCUAUUGUUUCCUUGGUCUGCCUACUGCUGGAGAACUUCAAGAAAUGUCUGACCUGCUGUCAACGUAUGCAGACCUCGAGACAGGCGAGGAAAAUCUUUUUGAGUCUGCUCCAGGUAGAAAGAAACAACAGAAGGAUUUCAACGAGGACUUGGACGACUUGCCUAAACAGUAUGAAGGAAAGGUUAAGUCAGGCUUCAAAGAAUCAUUUGUGAACGAUAUUGUCAGGAAUGGCAAUAGAGAAACUGACAGAUACAUCGACAAUUCUCCAUUGGGCAAAUCCAAAUGGAUCACCUGUAUCAACUCUUCUCGUUCAACUGCUUUCUUUGCCUCGGCGGAGAAGUGCAGGAAGACUGUGGAUAUGACAGUUAACUGUUCCGGAUUAAAUUUGACCGCUGUCCCGCCUGACUUGCCUUUCAAUAUGAAGCAGCUUAUCUUAGACAACAAUGUAAUCAGCGAGCUGCCUGACAAUACAUUCGAGAACUACACUCACCUGCAGAAUUUGAGCAUUGCUUCAAACUGUCUGAGGCUUUUGCACAAUGACUCUUUCUAUGGCCUGCGUCAUUUGAGAACUCUUGUACUGACAAAUAACAUUUUGAUUUAUGAAGCUAACACAUUUCCAUUGUUUGUAUUUCGUCCUUUGAAAAAUCUCACCAAACUAAAGCUCAACCUGAACAACCCAUACUACACACGACCCAAUGACAACUAUCCGGACGCAGCAUUAUCCUACUUGAAACGCUUGACAUCUUUGUACAUUGAUGGCCUGAGAAAUACAAAGUUCGGCAGAGGGUUUUCAAACAUGACCAACCUGAAAGAUUUGACCCUGGCUGGGUUUACUACCAGCAACUGCCGUAUAUCAUCUCUUUACGCAGACAUGUUCAUCCACCUGUCCCACUUGGAGUAUUUGAGUCUCCAGGACUGCUAUCUCCAGGGCGACCAGAUCGAUGUCAAGGCAUUCGAGCCUCUGUCUAAACUCAAAAUACUGAGCCUCACUCACAACGAAGACAUCGGUAUUGAAAAUAUCCACAAGAUUUUCUACGGGCUGAGAAAUGCGACGUUUCUCCGAGAUUUGUACUUGCAGCUAAUCAAUAAUAGAUACGCUCUAGGUCAGUGCCUAAACCAUGACCUACUGACCUAUUUCCCACCAAACGUAGAGCAUCUAGACGUCCAGGAGAAUAACAUCGAGGCUGUGGAUACAUACUUUUUAGAUAAACUUCCCAAAUCUCUCAAGACAUUAGAUUUGUCUGGUAACAGAUUUGUACUCGGCACCUAUGUUUCCGGGAUGUAUAAACUGGCCAACUUGUCGGAGCUACGUUUGAACGGAGGCAAAUAUUUCUACAAUCUCCCAACUUACUAUCCCUACAAAUCCCAGAAUCCUUUUUCCGAACCAAAGCCGAACUCCUCGUGUAGUAUUUACAGCGAUGCUGGGGUGAAGGUCACCAAAACAAAAUUUGUGCUGCACUUUCCACUCAAUCUCACUAACAUUGAAAUGAAUGAGGCAGGGCUGAGUUAUAAACUGUCAUACUUACAGGUCAACUCAAGCAACAAUGUGGAAAACAUCACUCUAAGUGGAAACAAUUUUGUGUAUUUACUAGGACCGAUUUAUGGGUUUAAGAAACUGAAAUUUCUUGACCUAUCCAGAAGUCAAGUAAGGAGUAUAUUUUCUACUUUUUUCAAGAACCUCCCGACCUUGACCUACUUAAAUCUCAGUAUUAACCUACUUUCCCGAUGUCACAGAAAUUUGAAAAAAAAGUAUAUUUAUGAAGCACUUGUUAACCUUGAAGUGUUAGAUCUGGGUUUAAAUAACAUUGAUGAAUUCACUCCACAUAUUCUGGAUCACUUGAUAAGUUUAAAAAAAUUGUUUCUAGACUACAAUCCCCUAAAAUCAUUCGAUGUGAACAUUUCAAACAUGCCUCAGUUAGAGUAUCUCAGCCUCAGGCACUCGAGGCUUCAUCGACUAAGUGUGUAUACGAUGAAAGCCAUUGACGAGCACAUCACAAGGGGCGUCAAUCUUUCUAUCGAUAUGGCAUUCAAUCCGAUUCUUUGCGAGUGCUCGAACUUAGAUUUCAUUCGUUGGAUGACGGCAUCUUCCGCAUUUGACCCCAAAUUUGAGAGCUAUUUCUGUAUGUAUUCUGAUGGUUCCAUGCAGUUUAUAGACGACCAGUUCGAGAACACAUUGAUGAUUCUCAGCCACGAGUGCGCCUCACACGUGAUCAUCUUUUUCAGCGUCUCCAGUGGCACCACGUUCUUGAUUAUACUCAUCCUCAUCGCCAUACUCCAUCGUUUCCGGUGGAAGCUCAAAUAUAUGUACUACGCGGCCUAUUUACAUUACUGGAAAAGCUCCGCACGUGACCCUAACGGGAAGGCGUUCAGCUAUGACGUUUUCCUCUGCUACCAUGAAGACGACGAGAGCUUCGUUCUGGACACCCUCUGCGUCGAGCUGGAGAAGCGUGGCCUGAAAACACUGGUCCACAAACGGGACUUUGUCUCUGGGAAGCCCAUCGUGUCUAAUAUCGUGGAGGCGGUCAAUUGUAGCAGGAAAACGCUAGUGGUUCUCACUGACAACAUGGCCCGCAGCAAGUGGUGCCAGUUUGAGGUCCAGAUGGCCACCAUGGAGGCGGUGUCUUACAAGAGACCCGUGCUGAUCUUUCUUCUCAUGUCUGACGUUCCGUGCUGCAUCAUGGGCGCCGAGCUGUCCUACUGUGUCCAGAACAACACUUACUUGCAGUACCCAAGCCCAUCAAAGAGAAAUGGACACUCAGAGAUGGACAACUUUUGGAUCAAACUUGUUUCAGAUCUAAAGAAUUAAAUUACUGCUGGACUAAGUGAAAGGGUGAGGUGGCUGAGUGGUAAGGCGCUUGGCUUCCGAAACGAGCGAUCUCGGGUUUGAAUCUCGAUGAAGCAGGGAUUUCAAGCUUCUUGAUUUUUAGAACGCCCCUCAAUUAACCCAACUUUAAUGGGUACCUGACAUUAGUUUGGAAAAAUUAAGACGAUUAGUCGUUGUGCUGGCCUUAUGACACUCUCGUUAAACAGAUGACCUUUACAUCAUCCGUAAUAUA